AUGGCCAGACGACCGACAACACUUCUUCUCCUCACAUUCAUAGCGGCCAUUCUACCAAGCCACGCUGCGUCUAUCACGCGACGAGACGGAAACGCCUGUCCAGCUUCCUACAAAACAUGCUCGAAUGCCAACCUACUAGCCUCUUUCUGCUGUCCGACAUCGUCAACAUGCAUCAGUCUUGACCAAGGGAGCUCCGUCAUCUGCUGCCCGGAAGGCCAGAGCUGCGACUACAUCGAGCCUAUACCCUGCAACGUUCAGCUCCAAAACGCCACUCUCCACCCCAGAAACCCCGUUAAAACAACCAAGCUAAAUGGAAAACUACCUACUUGCGGAGAUUCGUGCUGUCCAUUCGGAUACUCCUGUAACGGGAGUAAUGUAUGUGUCAUGGACGGCGUGACCACCUCAAGCACAGCGACGACAGCAAGCACACAGAGCACAGAGAGCACAUCAUCUACGAAGAGCGCAAAGACCACCGAACCAACCACCACAGAAAAGCUCCCUCAAUCCCAGUCCACCUCCACGCUCACAACCGCCAAAUCCACCGCAAGUGACCCGCCCACCAUCACCACCGACACCACAGUCCCAACCUUCAUCUACACAUCCAACUACCCGCGCGUAUCCACCUCCAAGGUCGCCGUCGCCGACUCCACCACCAAUUUCUCCUCCUCGUGCCCCUCGUUCCCCACUGGCGCCGUCGUCGCCGGCUUCUUCCCCGGCGCAGUCUGCGGCGCCGCGCUCGCCCUCCUUCUCGCCCGCUGCAUCCGGCAGUACAAGGCGAGACACCUCCCCGCGUCGGUGCGGGUCGCCCAGAACACAAAACGCACGUCCACAGGAACGCUGAUCGGAAUUUCCGACCCCAUCCCCUCCGAGGACAGCGCCUGUCGGACCGACUUCCUGCUCAGUCGGCCGCCGAAACGGAACUCUGACGGCGCCCGCUCCAUGCUGCACCGCACCGGCACCCGUGUCAAGAGUCUGUUCGGCGGAGCGCCCAAGAUCACCGUCCAGACGCCGGAUGGUACUACCUCCGUGAAAGAGGUGCCGCCGCCGCUGCCUAUCAUGCCGCGGAAGGCGGUGCCGCGUCGUCAGCCCAGCACAGAGAGUAUCAAGGUGUAUACGCCGCCUGGCGUGUUUGCGAGUACGGCGGUGCUGAGGCCGGAGCCGUAUCCCAGUGCUAUGAUACGGCCGAAUACGACCUUUUCGGAUAUGAUUGCCCGGUCGAGGGACGGGGCUGCGCCUGCGACGCCCCCAAAGGAUCAUAAUGGGCUUCGAGUGCCUCUAAACAGCCCUAACUACGACUCACUCUUACGGGCCUUCCAGAUGGCGAUCAUUCUCUUGACCUCCCGCAGAAGACCCACGACGAGUGGCACACCCACCGGUCCCAAUAGGGGCAGGUAG